UUGGCAUAUCCAAAGAAGAUUGAAAGCAGGCCAAAAGGCAGAGCCGCCAUUUCUCAGCAACAGCAGAAGGAGAGAGAAACAUGGGAGUCCUCAAGCUGGACAUUGCCUCCUCCUACUCUUCUCCUUUGCUGUUGCCAACAAUUUCCCAGAUUCCUCACAAGCCUCUUGCUUUCCUUUCCACUUUCUCCCCUUCCAAACUCUCUCCUUUCCCAGGUUGUCAAAUUGAAGUGAGGAAAAGGGGGAGAAGUGGAUCAUCAAAGAUAAGUUGCUCUGCAAAUGCUGGGCAACUAAACGAGACUGAUUUGGUUGUGAAAGAGAAGAGUGUCUCUGUGAUUCUUCUGGCUGGAGGAAAGGGAAAGAGGAUGGGUGCAAGCAUGCCAAAGCAGUACCUUCCUCUCCUAGGCCAACCAAUUGCUUUGUAUAGUUUCUACACUUUCUCACGCAUGAGUGCAGUGAAGGAGAUUGUUGUAGUUUGUGAUCCCUCAUACAAGGAUAUUUUUGAAGAUGCCAAAGAGAAUAUCCAUAUAGACGUUAAAUUCACAUUGCCUGGAAAGGAGAGACAAGAUUCCGUCUAUAGUGGACUUCAGGCAGUUGAUUUGAACUCCGAACUUGUUUGCAUCCACGAUUCUGCAAGACCUUUGGUAUCUACAGAAGAUAUAGAGCAGGUCCUUAAAGACGGACGGCUGAAUGGAGCAGCGGUACUUGGUGUUCCUGUUAAAGCUACUAUCAAAGAGGCAAACAGUGAAUCUUUUGUAGUAAGAACUCUGGACCGAAAAACACUUUGGGAAAUGCAGACCCCACAGGUCAUCAAGCCUGAGCUGCUAAGAAAAGGUUUUGAGCUCGUAAAUAGAGAAUGCCUUGAGGUCACCGAUGAUGUGUCUAUCGUGGAGCACCUUAAGCAUCCUGUGUUCAUCACCGAAGGAUCCUACACUAACAUCAAGGUCACUACUCCUGAUGAUUUGCUACUUGCUGAGCGGAUAUUGAAUCUCGACUCUGGAGAGGAGUAAAUUUUGUUCUUCGUUACCUUGUUCCAUUUUGUAACUAUAAACUCCAAUGAGAAUGUAGUCCAUUUUUUUGAAAAGCUAAAGCACAAUUAUGAAGGAUUCUAGCAGAGAUGAAUGAAGAUUUUGACUGAAUAAUGUAAUAAGUUAUGUGGGGGGAAAAGCUGGAUUCUGAACCGAACCGAUUGUUUUCUAUGGUUUCAUAAGUGCUUCCCUACCACGGGAAGCAACAAGUUAGCUAAGCAUACUAGGCAUCUGGAUUUAGAAUCUGCUUUCAAUGGCAUCUUACUUUGGCUAUGUUGAAA